AUGACGCUCUCGCGCCUCCUGCUCCGAGGCAAUCCCAGCCAGGCGCUUCGAGCCGUGGCCGUGCCUGGCCUUGCGCUCAGCUUCUCCCACCAAGCUCGCUACUACUCAGCGGACGCCGGCAAGAAGGACGAGAAUGUGGCAAGUGAGAGCAAGCAGGAGGAUAGCCCUCCUCCUUACACUCACCGUGGCUCCGCGAUCAACUUCAACUGGGGUCGGGAGAAGAAGGAGAGGACAGGUCCGACUCUGUCGGCGGACAACUGGGAGGAGCAUCCCGAUGCCAAGAUUGAGGAUUUCGAGGAGCUCCCCUACAAGGAGUUUGGCAUCAACCAGCAUAUGGAGGUCAAUGCCGAGUUCAAAAAGGUCCUGACCGAGGUUGUCCGGGAAUUCCGCGCUCCCGUCAUGUACGCCAUGGCGUACGGCUCAGGUGUCUUCCCGCAGUCCAAGAUCAGCCGUUCUGUGUCGGACGAAGAAUUUCGCGCUGUCCACCCGAAACCGUCUCCCUCGUUGAUGGAAGUGCAGAAAGGAGGCCCCAAAAUGAUUGACUUCAUUUUUGGUGUCACCCACACCCAGCACUGGCAUUCGCUCAACAUCAGACAGCACCGUGACCACUACUCUGGCCUAGCCAGCUUCGGUUCGGGCCUCGUCUCUACCACCCAGGAUCGCUGGGGCGCAGGUGUCUACUUCAAUCCCUACGUCACCAAGAAGGGCAUGCUCAUCAAGUACGGCGUCACAUCCAUCGAUAACCUCUGUACCGACCUCUCGACCUGGAACAAUCUGUACCUCGCGGGAAGACUUCACAAGCCGGUUAAGAUCCUGCGUGAUCACCCCCGAGUUCGCCUCGCGAAUCAGGUCAAUCUGAUCUCGGCGGUCCGCACGGCUCUUCUACUUCUGCCUCCCAAGUUCACCGAGAAGGAGCUCUUCUCUACCAUUGCCGGCAUUUCCUACCUCGGUGAUCCGCGCAUGUCUCUCCCCACCGAGAACAAGAGCAAGAUCUCCAACAUUGUGGACAACAAUAUGGUCUCCUUCCGCAAGCUAUACGGCCCGCUGCUCAAUACUCUCCCCAAUGUUGACUUCGCCGACGGAGCCGACCAGCAGAGCAAGCAUGUCGCUGACGCCGAGUACGACGGCGCCAUGUACCAGGACAUGGACCCUAUAAAGCGUGGCAACAUGGUCCGUCGCCUGCCCAAGGCCUUCCGCUCACGCCUCUACUUCCAGUACCAGAAGAAGUUCAUGGUCCCGACUGCUGAAUUCAAGGCCAUGAUGGAUGCCUCCAAGGACGAGGACGCCGUGAGCUUCAAGCGUCGCGAGGGAGGCGGCUUCGAGCAGCGUAUCGUCCAAGAUGAGCCCGAGGAGCUGCAAAAGUCCAUUCGCAAGGUCAUUCGCCAGACCGUAAAUUGGCCCGCAACCGCCCAGUCAAUCAAGGGCUUCUUUACCGCGGGCGUCGGCCGUUCCGUUCGGUACAUGUCUGAGAAGAUGACGAAGUACAACGAGGGCAAGGCGAAGGCCAAGGCCAAGGCUGAUGAGGAGAAGAAGCAGCCCACUGAGGAAGCAGAGAAGCCCAAGAAGGAAGAGUGA